AUGCUGCCCUUCGUACCUCGCAGCGUAGCAGGUACGAAGCGUGUGCAUCCCGCGGGACGGCCGCCACCGCCGCCACCGCCGCCAAAACCGCAAUGUCAUGCGAGCAGGGAUAUGCGACCUGUGGCAGCAGCGCUGCUCAAUCUCCUCUCGCCAUGGUGGGCUGCGCAAAGAGGCGUGUAUAGCGGCAAUGAAGCCCUAGCAGAGCUGGUCCAGUUGGCCACGAGGCAGGAUGUGCAUGUGAUGCAGUUCCUAGCGAAUCCUGUUCUACCAAGGCUGGGAUGCACAUCCAGCGCGGAUUUGUGCGCCGCACUUGAGGCGCUCUAUGCUCUGCAUGUCGUGCAGCAAGGCAGGGAUGCAUUCCAUGUGCGGCUUGCAGCAGCUGAUCAUGUGCAAGUCGUGUUUCUCGAGCACGCCGUGGAACACGCGUGCGAUGCACUGGAGUUGGCUGAAAGCGUGACGUCGCUCGUCGACGCUCCGCACGUCUACGCAGUUGUAUCACCGACAGCGACGCCCAUGCAAGUCGAACUGCCUCGGCGGCCUAUCCGAGAUGCUUUGGUUUGUCUGGAUGCUGCAUCUGCCGAGGAGCUAUUGCUCCGCUAUGGCUGGACGUAUAAGUCGCGUCCCUUUGGUCCCUCUGCACGCUGCAUGACUUGGGACCAGUUUGAGCAGAGACGCGCCGAGUACGAAGCAUGGCGGCAAGAGCUCGUGCGCCAGAACAUACAGGCAACACGCGCAGCUCAGCACGACCACACAGACUAUCCUCAGCAUACCAUCGUGGCUGUCAUGACCGCGCAAAGCGUGGCUGUCGACGCGCUCAAGUCGCGCCUCGCUGCGGUCGCGCCAAAUGCGAUUGACUAUGUGGAUGCGCAAAAGCCCAGCGUAAUAUAUGUGCGAUGCGCUUCGGCGGCGGCGGCUGCAUCGGUGGCGCAGAGCCUAGGACCGCCAUCAUACGUCCUGCAAGGCGCAGAGCAGGCCGCAUACUGGGCCCAGGUGCCACAGCGCGUCCGCCAUGCAGCGAUGCGACGCAGCCUAAAAUAUACCCGUGCCGACUGA